AUGUGCCCAGCGGGAAGUGCGGUGCCAGUAGCUUGCCCUCAGGGGGCCUACCAAGAUCAGCAAGGACAGGCAAACUGCAAGCUUUGCCCACCUGGAUUCUACUGCACAGGUGGCAUGCCAGCGCUUCAGUGUCCUAAAGGUCAUUACUGCCCCCCAGGUACCAAGUCAGCUGUGCAAUUUCCUUGUCCUCCUGGCACCUUCAGCAACAGAACUGAGAUCUCCGACCAUACAGAGUGUGCACCCUGCGCCCCUGGGAAAUACUGCAGUUCGGCAGGCUUGGCUGAGCCCACAGGAGACUGCAUGCCAGGAUACGUUUGUUUCCUUGGUUCACUUACCGCUCGCCCACUGGAUGGACUCAGUGGGAGAAAGUGUGCGGCUGGCUUCUACUGUCUGAAGGGUGCCCAUCAUAUGAUGCCUUGCCCAGUGGGAACAUUUGGCCCUCAGGAAGGUGCUGUGUCUGUUGCCGACUGCUUGAUAUGCCCUUCUGGCCAUUACUGUCCACGUUCGUCCAAGUUAUCUUCUCUUAGCUCAUUCUGCUCCUCAGGAAUCACUGCAGCAGCAGGCGCUCUCAACGCUACAGCUUCCUCGCAGACUUCCAGUCCAUCAUGUGAAGAAGUAGAUGGGCACACCUGUACCACAGUUAGUGUGUUCCCACUUCCCUGCCCGGCUGGUACAUAUCGCCCAGAAAGUGGGGCAAUCCAGGAAACUGACUGUGCACCCUGUCCAGCUGGGUUUUAUCAGGAUCUUCAGGGGCAGAGUGGGUGUAAAAGCUGUCCGCCUGGAUUUUUCUGUGGUAUUCAGACCCUGGCACCCGUAGGAGCUGUAAAGCCUCAGCUUUGCCUGUUUGGCUACUUCUGCCCUGCGGGAUGCUCACCGUGCCCACCUGGUCAUUUCUGUGACUCUGAAGGGCAGAUUCAGCCCAGUGGACUUUGCUCACUCGGUUUUGUCUGUUGGAUGGGAGCCCAGGAGCCGAGGCCCAGUGAUAACAUCACAGGUGCUGUCUGCCCGAGGGGAAGCUACUGCCAGGAUGGGCUCAUCAAAGGGGUGUGCUAUGCCGGUUACUACUGCGACUUAGGAUCUGGCCGGCCUGAUCAAGGCAUCUGCCCAGCUGGGUUUUACUGCACCAGUGGGACUGAAUCUCCCAUCCCUUGUGACAUAGGCACUUAUAGCUCAACUCCAGGAAGCACACAGAAGGAAGACUGCAGACUGUGCCCAAAGGGGCACUUUUGUCAAGCUCCUGGACGUACCAAUCCAGAUGGCCUCUGCUCAGCAGGGUUUUACUGCCCUCCAGGUCAGACCUCACCAAAGCCCAUUGCUCACCGCUGUCCGCCUGGACAUUACUGUCCAGCCGGUUCUGCAUCUCCAAAGGCUUGUGAGAGAGGGACGUUCCAGCAUGAAGCAGAGCAGGAAUCCUGUACCAUCUGUCUGGAGGGUUACUACUGCCAGCCGUCUAAUGACUCUGGAGUGGUGAGCCCCACACUGUGCCCUGUUGGCUAUUUCUGCCCGCCUGGCACAGGCUUUGCAAAUGGUUGGCCUUGCCCAAGGGGCACCAUCAACUCUCAAAUGGGGGGAGUGAGCAUCUCAGACUGCCAGCUUUGUCCUGCAGGGAUGUACUGUUCAGCUCCAGGCUUGUCUGCCCCAUCAGGUCCCUGCCAGGCUGGCUUCUACUGUAUGGCCGGUGCCAUCAGCCCAAAUUCGACUCAGUACAGGGUUAAAUCUGAAGCUGGGGCCAUCCUGGGUAGUGACAUGUGCCCUGAGGGUCACUAUUGCCCCUUGGGAUCCAGCCACCCAAUUCCCUGUUCUUCUGGAACCCUCUCCAGCUCUCAGGGCCUGCAGGAGGUGUCCGAAUGUUUGCAGUGUCCACCGGGGCACUACUGUGACCGACCUGGCCUGACUGAUUUACGAGAGGCAGGACUUUGCAGCACUGGCUUUGUCUGUAUUGGUGGAAGUGACAGUAACCGUCCUAUUGAUGGCCUUAAAGGUUAUCUGUGUCCCAAAGGAUUCUAUUGUCCUGCUGGAUCUGCCAUUGAAGUGCCCUGUGAGCCUGGUACCUACAGCCCAAUGCCAGGGGCUAGCGUCUGUCUUCCGUGCCCCCCUGGCACUAUGUGUCACACUCCUGGCACGAAAGAACCCAUCAUUUGCUCCCCAGGUCACUAUUGUCCAGUGCAGACAGCUUAUCCAUUACCAUGUCCAGCAGGCACAAUGAACAAGAUGGAGGGUGCCCUAUCGAUGACAGCAUGCGUGGCAUGCCCAGCUGGAUCAUUCUGCAGAGGGGAAGCUAAUCAUCAACCAGAUGGUCCCUGUCUUCAAGGAUAUUUUUGCCAGGGUGGAGCGACUGAUGCUGUUCCUUUGGCCAGUGAGAUGUUUCCUAGGAAUGGCCUUUGUCAAGCAGGUCACUACUGUCCAGAGGGGGCACUCACCCCAAUGCCAUGCCCUUUAGGAAGCAUCCGAAACAACACUGGUGGCACCUCACUGGAGAGCUGUUUGCCCUGCCCGGCAGGUCAUUAUUGUGCCAGUGAAGGUCUCCAAGUGCCAAGUGGUUCCUGUCUCCCAGGCUUCUAUUGUCCAGCGGGUUUUUCUUCUGUGAGCCCUAAUGCCUUCUUAUGCCCUAAGGGUCAUCAUUGUCCACCUGGAUCAGCAAGCCCACUGCCUUGCCCUGCUGGAGAGUACCAGCCUAACCGGGCCUCAGAGGUGUGUGUCCCCUGCCAACCUGGAUACUUCUGUGAGGAGUCAAUCGCUGGUGAUCCUCAACCCUGCCCACCACACACUUACUGCCCACCUGCCACCAAAGUCCCUCAGCUCUGCCCCAAUGGCACCUUCACUCCUGCCCACGCGUCAGGUCUGCAAGAGCCACACGAUUGCCUGCCAUGUCCUCCAGGGAAGUUCUGCAGACGAGGACAGAUACAAGGGAGCUGCGCUGCCGGCUUUUUCUGUCUGUCGGGGAGCUACGAGUUUACUCCACAUGGCCCCUCCAUGGCCGAGGUUGCAGCCUGCCCACCUGGAGACGUCUGUGCGGGCCUCUGUCCAGCAGGAUUCUACUGUCCUGAGGGAACUGAGGAGCCACUGGCGUGUCCACCCAACACUCUCCGCUCUCUGCCCGGUGCCAGACACAAGGUUGACUGCCUUCCCUGCCCUUCCGGCUACUGGUGCCAUCAAGGAGACCCUGAGCUUUACCUAUGCCCGCCUGGGCACUAUUGUGAUGGCAUGAAUGAGACAAAUCCUCAGUCGCCAGCCGGUCCUCGAGAAUGCCCACUUCACACCUACUACUCCGAACCUGGCGCUGACAGCAAGGGAGCCUGCAGACGCUGUCCUCCUGGAUUCUACUGCAAUACCACAGGCAUCACAGAUUACCUCCACCAUCCCUGCCCACCAGGGUUCUGGUGUAGUGGAUCCGGAAGUCCCAUUCUGUGUCCACCAGGCACCAUGAGGCCUGCACCAGGAGGGGCCACUGAAAGUGACUGCACCCCUUGUGCUGCUGGAUUUUACUGUCCGGAUACAACUGGAACAGGCCAGCCAAACCUAUAUGGGGUGCCCUGCCAAGCUUCCAAAGAGUGCCCACCAGGUUCGGUUUCUGAAGUACCCUGCAGGGCUGGAUUUUACUGCGGCCCUCAGACUGGAUAUCCAGAGCCUUGUCCAGCUGGCUACUUCUGUCCAGCAGGAUCGGACUCCUAUGACAGUGGGCCCCAAAAGUGUGUUUUCCCAUUCUACUGUCCUUCCAACAGUACACAGAUGUCUCCUUGUCCUGGGGGGUUCCACCCGGUCAAUGUAAGCGGUUUACGCGACUCAAUAGAGAAGAGCUGCAUGAUAUGUGAUUUUGGGACCUAUCGGCUGGGUUUGCCAGGAGAAACUGAGUGCCAGGCAUGCCCACCUCGUUACUUCUGCCCAUCAGGUACACAGAACUAUCUUCUGAAUCCAUGCCCCAACGGACAUUACUGCCCCGCUAGUUCCAGUGUGCCAGUGCCAUGUCCACCUGGUUCCUAUGGCAACAGCACAAGAGGCAGGAGUCAAGAGGACUGCAACCCAUGCCCUGCUGAUACCUUUAACCAUCUGUUUGCUCAGGAGGCCUGCUUCCAGUGUGGCAGCUUCUCCUUUUCACUUCCUGGUGCCAUUUCCUGCGUAUGCAAUGGUUUGAAUCGUGCCUUUCAGCCAUCAGAUGGCACCUGUAUCUGUACGACUGGCUUUGUUUACUAUGACGAGCUCGGCCAGAAAAGUUCUACAGGAAACAGCGACGCAGACUGUCAGCCGGAGUUGAGUGAGCGAUGUGCAUCUGGAGAAGUGAGGCUGGCCCACUCCAGGAGGUGCGUUCUUCCUGCAGCCCACCAGUGUGCAUCUGCCUGUGGUGGCCGAAGUGGAAGGCUUGAUGCAGACCUGGGCAUUUGCCAUUGCCAGGAGUACACUUCAUCUGAAGAGGUCUGUGGCACCGCCUGUCAAGCACAGAUGCCCAAGAUCAUUGCCAGUGUCACUCCCGAUGGGCCACUUCAAGUGAGCCUCAUGGACCAAGAGUCAAGAGUUAUUAAGAAAUUGCGUAUUGCUGAUGUCUUGGGCCCUGAAGGACCUUCUGAGAACCCCAGAGAAGCCCACUUCAUUCUGUUUCAGCCAGCAGGGGUCUAUGGGGUGAUCCUUCUAGCCAACAUGGAGAUUGAAGAUGUCCUGUCAGAGAUGGACCCUGCUUCGAAUGUCAAAAGGGGACGUAGCUACUACAAAAAUGAUACCCUUCCUGUCAUUUCUAACCCAGUGAUAUGUGUGAGGCCGCAGACCAUGCUUAUCUUUCACAUUAGCAUUGACUCCAUGAAUCGCACUCUGAGUCAUUUCCCAGUGUAUGAGAAGGACCAUCUAUUCAGUAGCAAUCCCAGCUGGGACUUUGGCUCAUUCCGAAGGCUGGGCCACCUGAUCCUGGAGACACAUUUCAACCUUUCCUGGUUUGCUCAUGUGUUCACUGAUGUGGGGCACUAUGUGUUUCUCGAUAAUGCUGACCUGGACCGCAGCUGCUUUGUAGUCGUGAGCAACACCGGUGCCAUGUGCCCUACUGCCAUUUUCCAGCCAUCGUCUCCCAAUCAGCUGGCUCGCCAUGGCUUUCUCAGACAACGCCAGCUCAACCUGACCCCAGACUGGGCCAUCAUUACAGGUGUGCUGGGCUGCUUGUUGCUGCUGGCCGCUGUGCUGACUGCCUCUGCUUUGGUGCUGAGACCCCAUUACACCGAGCUGUGCCCAAAGUCCUGCUGGAAACCCAGAUGGCGCAGCCUGGGAGAGCCACAAACCCGCCAGGGUUGUGCCUGCAGGGAGAGGUACCUGUGAAGGGCUGGCAGUCUGUAAUGUACAAUGGAGGUGCAGGGGAGUGAAGUGCCAAUAAAAGUUGUG